UCGGUGUUCUAAAAAAAAUGUGUCCCGUAUUCUGCAGUCUUUGCAAAAAAACCACUAAUAGUUCAGCGUAUACCAGCGCUUUAGAGAGAUUGUGAUACGUCGGCAUAGGCUGGCUACAACGUCAAAGUGUGACAGAGCCUAACCUCAUAGGACAGGCAUAACACAAACGAAGCAGUGUGUGCAUUGCGUGAGCUUUUGUGGACAUUUAAUAGCAACAGGUAGGUAUGAUUCAGCUAUUUGUGAAGCCACAUAUAUCAAGCAUGAACGAAGAUAUGGAUCACAGGGAGAUGUGAGAGGAGUACAGUACACUUGCCCGUGAGUUACAGCUAGGAGUUACGAGGAGACGGAAUUCGGAAAUAGUAUACGGGUGUUGGUGAAACAGUGAGCGGAUCCUGACCCUCCAGUGCCACUCGACACAAACACAUGCAAAGGCAAGGCUAUUGAUCCUAUCGUCUUUGUCUCCCCAGGAUCAGAGUGGCUUGGAAGUGAGGGUUUCGUAUUGUCCCGGUCAAUUCGUCACGAUCAGUGGUCCUACAAGCCAAUCUCUAAAGGAAGGUUGUUUGAAGCUGGUUGGCAUAGACUUGAACAUGGCAUUUGCAUCAACCUUAUCUUUGUGCAUAUUCUCCUGCUCGAUAUUUGCCACAUCAACGUCAAGUGUGGGCUCGAGCGCCACGCAGCGCAACAACUCCGACACCGAACACCAUGGCAUUGAAAUCGCCGGUGUCCUGUUUGAAAAUGUGAGACAGCCCAUGAUAUAUACCAUCGUUCUCGUUGUGGCAGCCGUUAGCAAAGUUGCUUUUCACCACGCACAUUUCCUCUCAUCAAGGAUUCCGGAGUCAUGCCUGCUCAUCAUCCUGGGCCAGAUAUUCGGGGCGAUUCUUGAAUAUUCCGGAGGUGCUAACUACAUUCCAGACUUCUUCUCCCCCCAUGAUUUCUUUCAGUUUCUUCUUCCUCCGAUCAUCCUGGAAGCGGCCUACAGCCUCCAUGACAGGACGUUUGCUGACAACAUCGGAUCUGUCCUCCUGUUUGCUGUAGUUGGAACCAUACUGGCCUUCUUUGCACUGGGUCUCACUCUGUGGGGUCUAGCCAUGGGCGGGGCGAUGGGGGUUUUCCCCUUCCCGAUAACACUCACGCAGAUCCUCAUCUUUGCCGCACUCAUCGUCGCUGUGGACCCUGUGGCGGUUCUAGCUGUGUUCCAGGAAAUAGGCGUCAACAAUGUUUUGUAUUUCAUGGUUUUCGGAGAAUCUCUGCUCAACGAUGGCGUGACUGUGGUCCUGUAUCAGGUCAUGCAGACAUACAACAAACUCAAUUCAUCAGGUCAAGGUGUGGACGGUAAACAGAUUGGACUCGGUAUCGUGAAGUUCUUUGUGGUGUGUUUCGGUGGCCUAGCGCUCGGUGUCCUCGCAGGGGUCGUGACAGCACUCUUGACGAAAUGCACCAGGAAGGUUAAAAUUGCCCAGCCUCUAAUCGUGUACACUAUGGCGUACCUCGGCUUCCUCCUGGCGGAGCUGUUUGAGUUCUCCGGCAUCAUCAGCAUCAUCGGCUGCGGCCUCGUCCAAGUCCAGUACUCCUUCCACAACAUCAGCGAAAAGUCCAGGACGACCAUCAUGUAUUUCACCAGGGUCAUCAGCACCACCAACGAAAUCAUCAUCUUCCUCUUCCUGGGAUUGGUGAUGUUCCGGAAUAACGAGCGCAUGUGGCACACUGGCUUCGUGCUGUGGACCGUCUUCUUCUGCUUCGUGUAUAGGUUCAUCAUCACGUUCUUCUUGUCCUUCCUGAUCAACAAACUGGACAACGACAGAACCAGGGAGAUCUCUUAUGAUGAACAGUUCAUAAUUGCGUACGGGGGUCUGCGGGGAGCCGUGUGCUUCUCCCUCGUCGCCCUGCUGGAUGAGAACGCCCUACCCCGGGGAAAGGACAUGUUUGUAACUGCCACCCUCACCGUAAUCUUCUUCACAGUGUUCGUGCAGGGUAUCACCAUCAAGCCCCUGGUGAGGCUAUUCCGUGUCCGGUUGGCUCAGAAGAAGCAGCUCAGCAUGUUUCAGGAUCUAAAUGAAAACCUGAUAGAUCAUUUGAUGGGCGGCGUGCAGGAAAUUAUCGGUUUCCGUGGAGGAUACGCUAUAAAGGGGGAACUGGACCGUUUUGAGGACCGCUACAUCCGGAAGUGGCUACAGAUAAAGCCAGAACUCGGCCAGACCCAGAUCCAGGAACUCCACAACAAGAUCCUGCUCAAAGACCACUACAAGCAUCUGCAACAAGGGGGAGCCUCUGCUGCGCCUGCGCAAGACAAUAUUCCCCAGAUUGAGACCAGCUUAUACCUUGGCCAGGAAGACAAUGGCACCAAUAUUGCUCCUGGUGUUGCAGGGACGCACAAGGCUAAAGACAUUGAUGCCUCUGACCUGAGCGGCCUGCUGAAGAUGAACAAAGGAGCUACAAACCGCAAGUGGGACAAGAACCUGACUCAGGAAGAUGAUAGGUUUGCCAACCUCAUCCCGAUACAAACAGACGAGAACAGACGCAUUGAGGCUCUUCAGAAUUCUUCACCACGAAAACAGAACGCGACGCCAUCAAGUCACGUUCAAGAACACCAAAACCCCGUAUUUGAAAACGACCAAUCAGUAUCUGUUAAGUUAUGAGGAAAGAAAUUCAGUACUUAGGACAGGCGCGUAGCAAGCCAGUUAUUUUCGUGUAAGCCCGAUAGGUUGCAAAGCUUAUAUUUAGAUACUAUUGAUGGCUUGCCCAACCUCUUUAGCAACAACCAUGUGUAAACCUGUUAUUUUUCUACAAUGGUAGCUACGCCCCUGUGAGAAAACAAUCUUAAGACUCAAAGGAGGUUUUGAGACGGUUACUUUGUCCACAGUAUAAAAUGUGAUAUAUCGGAAUAUGAUGGAUAUGCCGCAUGUUCUGUGUUAAAUGCAUUGGAGCAUCAUAUUCAACCAGAUUUAUCGUAAAGACGUUCAAGUUGAUGCGAUACCAUGACCCAGAUGAACCCUGAAGUCUAUUUUGUAAUACUGUUACACGUCGGAAUUAGACAAUACUCUCCAUGUCGAUCAAGACGAUGCGAUGUUACGUCCAAGUGCAAUCCUUCUAGUGAUCAGUACCACAUGUGUUUACGCUUACUUGCAUGUGCAUUUUGUUUUGCAUGGUUUUUUUCGGUGACAUUUUGGCGAAUAUUUCUUCAAACGCUUCUAAAACAAGGGAAAAAGUUAAAAUUGCUGCGUUUUGGCGCUGAAGCUGUUUAG